AUGCGCUUUCGGCCGGACUUCCUUGGCUUUGCUGGGCCAAAUUUAGGCAUAACCUUUGCUUCUGUAGUAAUGCGACCAGAAAAGCUCGCAUGCUGUCAUGUUCAAGUGAAUUGGAUCCGGACUGUAAGCAUUGAGGGUUCAGAGACCAACGGCUGGAUCGAGAAAGGCCUGAUCCGUAUUCUGGGUACUACUGAGGAACGGGUGUACUCAUUCACGAUCUUCUUUCUUUCCAAUGGCCCAAAAUCUCCAUUCGCCAGUUGUCGCCUGAAUCCUGCCAAUGCUUGUGUGCCUGGCGACUCCGCCUGUCUUCGUGAAAGACCUCACCAGAUCGACCACAUCUUCCUGGAGCUGGAUCAGUGGACUCGAGUCCCGCAGACGUUGGCUCGCGUCAAUCCUGGUAGUCUGCCUCCGGGUGUGGUGAGAGUCGAUCUGCGAGAACACUACGCCUACCAGCUGCAAACACGGGACUCCGUGAAUAUCAGACAAGCUCUGCGGGUGAGCAGUUUGAUAAUCACAGACAAUUUUCGCUAA